GUUUUGAGAACAACCUGUUUGACUUCGAUGUUGAGCUGGGAAACACAGAGGAGCUUGCACAAGACGAUCCAGGAGAUUUUGAGCUGCUCGUUUGAUGAGGGUUUGUGUGUUUGGAUGACGGACUCAGAAGGAGAUCUGAAAUGGGAAAUCAAAGAUGAUCCCGCUGGUGGGCGGUACCUAUCAGUACCCGAGGCUACGAACAGACGCAGUGUCAAAGGGGCGCGGCUUACUGUGUCACUGGCCCCGCCCACAAAGGCAUGGCAGGGCGGCGACCUCUGCCUGUCAUUUAGACACCGUCUCCAUGGAAACCACAUCGGCUCUCUGCAGGUGUUUGUCAGGAAGGGGUGGAGUCACAACCCAUCCAUCUGGACCAGGACUGGAGGACAUGACUGGAGACACGCCCAGAUCACCCUUUGGGGGCGGGGCCUGCUUGAUAUUGUGCUGAAGGCAGAGAGACGGCGAGGGAAACAUGGAGAAAUCGCUGUGGAUGAUUUUAUUCUGAGACGAGGAGCUUGCAGUGAUGAACACCACAGGACAGAGUGACACACACACACACACACACACACACA